AUGAAAAGAGGGCUACAAGCCCAACCCUACGACGUCAGCAGAGAGGCUGUACCCAAGCCAGCAAUGGAACCAGACAAAAGAGGAAGAGUACCUCUCAAACAAGUGUACCUCCAAAGGCUGACCAUAGCCAACGAAAAGUGGAACGUGUACGACCCGACCCCAGGCCAAAAGAUCUUAGCAACCGAUGACAGAGUGUAUCCAAUGAAUGCACUAGCUGCUCUAUCUACCAUCGUACUACCAAAGGGUCGAGAUCUGGUUUGGAAAUACGUAACCAAAUGUCUCCCGCUCGUCAGGGGUGACCCAGUCGCCUCCACCUGUGUGACGUGUGGCAAAGAUGAAUCCUCCAAGCAUUUGUUCUUCCAAUGCAAGGAGACCACGCUGCCAGUGAAGAUACUGAAAGAGGUUACUGCUGCCAACAAUAUUCCACCACCAGUCUGGGACAUCACCCUCCUCAACCUCAAACAAACUCCAAUGACUAUAAACUUGGUCGCUGCAACACGAAUAUGGUUCCGACGUAAUGAUCUACGUCACCAAAGAGAUGAACCAUUCACUGAACAAUACCUGCGAGCUAGAUUGAUAAGUGAUAUGCGACAUAUUAUAAAAGUAAACUGGGACAAGACAACAAGCAACAAUCCAAAACAAUCCAACAUGCUUGACACUAUACAAUAA